AUGGUCGGGAUGGGUCAAAAGGAUGCUUAUGUAGGUGAAGAGGCCGAGAGUAAAAGAGGCAUCCUCAGACUAAAGUACCCGAUCGAGCACGGCAUAGUCACCAAUUGGGAUGCCAUGGAGAAGGUUUGGCACUACGCUUUCCACAACGAGCUCCGUGUUUCUCCCGAGGACCACCCCAUUCUCCUCACGGAGGCACCUCUCAACCCGAAGGCGAACCGAAAGAAAAUGACUGAGAUCAUGUUCGAGACCUUCAGUUUUCCGGCUAUGUAUGUUGCUAUUCAACCCGUGCUUUCACUGUACGCCAGUGGGCGUAAAACCGGCAUAGUUCUCGAUUCAGGCUUUGGAAGCAGCCACGCGGUCCCGAUUUACGAGGGCUACGCCCUUCCCCACGCCAUUUUGCGUCUGGGCCUCGCCGGCCUCGACCUCACUCUCUCUCUCGUCAUGAUCUUUACCGAGAGAGGCUACAUGUUCACACACAAUAUCCCACAGGAAAUCAUGAUUGAUGUAAAAGAGAAGCUUGCCUACGUGGCACUCAACUUCGAACGGGAGUUGGAAAAAAAUGCCAAAGACAUCUCGGCGGUCGAACAGAACUACGAGCUGCCCGACGGGCAGUUCAUCACCAUAGGGUCCGAGAGGUUCCGCUGCGCGGAGCCCCUCUUCCGGCCGUCACUGAACGGGAUGGAAGCUGCCGGGAUUCACGAGAUGAUUCAUAAUUCUAUCGUGAAGUGUGACGUGGAUAUAAGGAAGGAUCUUUACGGGAAUAUCAUGCUCAGUGGCGGGUCCACCAUGUUCCCGGGCAUUGCCGAACGUAUGAGCAAAGAGAUAACUGCUCUUGCUCCCAGCGGUACGAAGGGAGCCACAGAGUACAAACAGCGGCUUGUGCGGAGUAGCGGAGCGCACGUACAGCAGGGCGUCGGUGGGGUUCGAACAGCGGGUCGUUCGCGUGCUUACAAACGGUUGCUGCACUUCAUGAACCGGGCCCUAGACGAAGGGACGAUGGGGUGCCGCUGGUCGACAAAGAAAGAGGCGCGCACUGCUGUUUUCCGGCUGGAAACAAUCCCGGCUGCUGCCCGUGAACAGGACCCGACGAAGGAUUGCUGA